UGACGAGCACAUUUUAUGCUCACAAGAUUCACGGCGGAACACGACUCCCUCAAAAAUUCACUUUUACCCAUGAAAUAUGCCAAGUAAUGUUCCGAGGAGAGUAACGAUAUUUACAAAAGGCCAUAGAACAGGAGGGAAGGUAUGAUCUUCGUUGCAGCCACUGGCCACUUUAAUUUCUUACCUUCAAUAGUUGGCGCAACUAAUUACGGACUUAAACCUGCUUAAACAAAGCGUAUACUGUUCUCUCAGAAGAGUUGAGUUAGGGAUAUUGCAAUUGCAUGAUUUUAUCGCGAUACAGCGAUUUUAAAAUACUCGCUCUUAUUAAGAUAUCCCUGAACGCCUUGUGCAACAAAGCAUACCAAUGCAACAACAUUUAUUUUACUGAAUUACAUUCCUAUUCAAUGAUGUGGAAAUAAGUGGCCAUACAAUACAUUAAAAUAAGCCGAUAUCGGUCUAUGUCAAGUGGUCACCCCAUUUUAUCAAGAUCUGUCGCAACAGGAUGCAAAUUUAAAAAAGGAUUGUUUUUGAAGGGGGGUGGGGAUUGAACAAUGCCUUUAAUACACUCUUAACAUUACUAGAUCGAUAGACUUCUGAAAGCUCCAAGAGAUGAAAAAAGGUUCACGAAAAUACCAGCGUAAUAUAUACAUGUAGGUACAUAUUAUUAGUGAGUGAACCAAGAGACAUAGAAGUUUAUGGCUGACAAUAUAAUUAAUCUUUAUAAAAUAGGACACUGAAAUGCCAUAGGGCUCCAACUUUAAUGCUUUGAAAGAAAAAAAAAUUAACCUUUUUAUUUAAAAGAUACAUUAGUUGUAUUCUCAAGAUGUCCUAAUUAGUUUGCAUCUUUUUUUUUUAUUUAAGGUGAUUGCUGUCCCAGACACCUUUGAAGAAUUUCUUCUUAAAGCUAAAAACAAACUUGGACUCCAUGGUAAUGCAUUAGUUGCAGUUUAUAAUAAAAGCGGAGGACUGCUUGAAGAUGUUGAGUUGAUCAGGUACAAACAUAUAUCAUCUUUUAUCAAGUGCUGUAUAUAAAUCCAAGUAAAUAAUGUCAGGUACAACAUAGUUGUUUAAAAUAUCAGUCAUAUUUAUCACAUACAAUGUAUCAUCUGUGUAUAGGAUUAUGUUUUCUGUGAUGAAAUGAUUAUUAAUUUUUUUACAUGUACAUGUACCAUUUUAAUUUUUCAGAGAUGAUGAAGUCCUUUAUGUUUCUUCAGAGGAUCCUACCACAGGUAAGGCUUCAAAGACUGAUGCAGAUGCUCCUUUCUUGAUUAAAAUGAACAAAUAUAAAAACUACAACUAUGGUUAAAACAUAUAACUGCGACAUAGCCUUCUGAUAUUUUCUUUAAAUUUUUGUGGAAAAAGCCUGUUACUUGAGAAAUUCAAUGAAAAUAUGUUAUUAGCAUGCAUGUAUUAAUAGCGUAUACAGUGUUUGAGAUCCAAUUUCACUCCCCUCCCAUGAUUACACUGAUGUGCAUGUAAAUAUCCCAGGGUGUUCUAUCUAGUACAUGUACAAUUGAGUGGUACUCUUGAGUAUGAUUGAGUAUAUGUGGUAUUAAUAGGGUCUGAAUAAGUGUAUGCCCCCAAACGUCCAUUCCUCUAAGACUAAAUACCCCAAAAUUCCCUUUACACCACUAGCUGUAGUUACAAUAUUAUUCAAGUCCCAAGAACAAGUGGUGAACCAAAGAUUUGAAAGUCUAAAUUUGUGAAUAAAGUGAACUGUUUAGUAAUUUACAGGUACUCUAGAAAUGAAUAAGUUUGAAAUGCUCUUCUGAUCACUGGCAAUGUUCAUAUUUUGCCCAAAAAAUCGAACAGUUUUAGCCGUACCCUUUAAAGACAACCUUUGUCAUUUUAAGGAAGUACUGUAUCCCUCUAGACCAAUAUGUCAGAAAAAAAUUUAAGAUGCUGGCAAAAUACUCCCAUAGACUGAGGUACAAUGUAGUACAUGUCAGUUAAAGCCUCGCAGGCUUUCCUGUUUUGAUGUCUCAACCCUGAAUUUACAUGAUGCAGUCAGUAUAAAGCAGUCUUUCAAAUACUACUCUUGCUCUGUGGUCUUGUUUGUCACCAGCUGAACUAACCAAGGAGCCAGUGACUUGCACAGUGAUCUAUUCUAAAUCAAAUGAGUCAAUAUUGUGAGCAUUUUAAAAUUUAUUGGACAUUUUUACUAUUAUUUUUCUGUUGCACCCCAUCUUCAUAUCAUUCCUCCAGUAAAUGGCAAUGUUCAUGAGGCUGUCAAUGGAGUUAAAUGUAAGUUCUACAGUUAUUUUGCAGUCCUACAGUGUAUAAUGCUAUAAAUAUUUAAAUGUAUAAGAGAGAAGGGAGCUAUUAAAACUCAAUGUGUGGUUUAUAUGGGGAUGGUUGAUGUAGGGGUGGGGGGAGAGAGGGUGGGGAAGGGGAAUACCGCAAAAGUGACAGUCUUCGGAGUUUAGAUCUCUAGAGGUUGCCGUUUAUAAAACCUUGAUCCAAUUUAAUAGAUUGGAUCAACUUCUGUAACCCUAUCUGUAAACAUUUGUCUUUUUAAACAAGAUUCAGGUUUAUCUGGUCCAGACCAAUCCAGGUUAUUUUUGUAAAAAAUUGUAAAUUGUAAUUUGUUUACCCACCAAGCUCUUAGGAGUUUUUAUAAACUGGUUUCAACGUGUCCGUGCAUUCCAGAUCGAAUUGGAAUUUGGAAGUGUUGGUUUUUGCGGGGAGGGGAAAACUGGAGUAUCCAGAGAAAAACCUCUCGGAGCAAGGGAGAGACCCAACAACAAUCUCAACCCAUAUAUGGUGUCGAUGCCGGAAUUUAAACAUGGGCCAGAUGGGUGGGAGGCAAGUGGUCUCACCACUGCGCCACCCUUGCUCCCCUUAUGACUGUCAAUCAACAAGAAAAUAAGCAUAUUACGGUAGUUAUUCAAAAGUGCCUUUUUUAGCAUUCACAGACUGGGUGACACUCAAUGUUGGAGGUCAAAUAUUUACAACCACAAGGUACUGACAUGGUAGAUGUUAUAUUAUAGAUAUGACUAAUGCAAAUUUGUUUUAUUUUGAUACAUGUUUUAAACAAGGUGAUGCAUCAAUUUUUUUUUUAUCUUAAUAAAAAUGUCAAUAUAGGACUGAAAAGUAUUGCCUGUUACGCAUGAUUUUAGAAUAACUGGUGUUGAAAGUAAUUUAUCAUUCUACAGUUAACUUUUUAAAAACAAUUAAUAGGGAAAAAAGAAAGGCAGCUCUGAAAAAUGAAGUGGGCAGGGAUGAGAAACAUUUGUUUCUUUUACUUGGCCUAACUGAAAUUUGACUUUAUGGAUGAAUAAAUGAUUCAACAAAUAAGAUAAUGAGAAAGUUGACACAAGUCUGCAGCAUACUGUUUCAUUCUUUUGUGUGUUGUAGGGCAACAUUAAUGAAUGAGCCAAACAGCAUGUUGGCAAAAAUGUUUUCCCCAGCAGGUCAGUGAAUACAUGUAACAUCCACGUUAUCAUAAAUUAUCUGGCAAUGUUUGUGCAGUGGUUGACCACUCUCUGACAAAAUUACUCUUAGUCAGUAUUACUCUUAGUAAGAGCUGGGGUUUGAUUCCAAAGAACUUGGCCGGAUUUAGUUCAGAUUUAUCAUCAACAUUACAGUGUUUCCUAGCAACAGCUUAUCAUUAUGAGACAUUAAUGCCUAGGAUUUGGUUUAACAUUAAGGAUAUCACUUAAAGCUGGGGACUAUGUGACAAGGGUAUUGAUGUUUUAGGUCAAUUUUAGCUGUGCCAAAGUCCUAAUGUAGUACCUAUAACCAUACACCAAAUGCUGUAGAGUUUAACAAAUUUCAUAAGGAAGCCCUAUCCGUGAUAUUUUUUGGCAAUUGUUGUAGGCAUGGCAUUAAUAGUUUCAAUCCAUUUCGAUCCUUUCCAUGCAUUCAUAGCAACAGACAACAGGAAGAAAUUUAAAUGCCUAAAUAUAGCCACAAGUAAAGUGGACCACUAUUUUUGGAAUUUACUUUCAUGGAAAGACACUUUUUGGAUAAAGAAAACAAAUAGUCUGAUAUAGCCCCAUUAAACUGUCAGAAAUCUGGCACCUGAUCAGGUGUGGAUCUAGGAUAAAUGCUGACCGAGUUCCUGAGGUGCAAGCUUCUUUAGAUUUUAUCUUCCUGAGGUGCCCUUUUCUUGGGUUUCUGAGUCAUUAAGACAGGAUAUUGGCCAGUUCCAUUCACAUUGGAUGAAGCCUUGCAACUUGGAAAGUUAUUUACUCAUCAAAAAUAUCUCUGUUAUUAAAAAUCUAAUCAAUUUCUGUAAAACGAUGGGAACCGGUGUGGAUCCACACCUGCCUGAUAGUUAUAAUGAUACCUUUAACUGCGUACCUCAAAAGUUCUGAAAAAAACCUCUGGAGUUGUCAUUUUCAUUAUCCACUCAGAAUCUUGGAGCAGUAUCACUGAUUCUACAGGAGCUUUUCUAUUUGAUAGAAGCCCAGUGUACUUUGAACCAAUUUUGAAUUAUCUCAGACAUGGACAGCUGAUACUGGAUAAUGGAGCCAAUCCCCAAGGUAACCACAUGCACAUAAUAUAACAUAAUUAAGGACUCAGAAAAUAUUCAUAUUAAAAUUCUUAACUGUUUAGGAAUUGUUAUAUCGAUGUACUGCAACUUUAUGAAUUUUCUCUUAGCGAUUUUCUGGGCGAGAUUUUCUCUAGGCUGACACGAUCUUAAGGGUUAUACAGUCUGUAGUUGCUGUAAGUUUUCAGUAAAAAAUGUCUAUAAUUGUCCCCUCACCAAAGAAACCGUUUAAUACAUUUCUGGUUGCCCUUGGCGUGGCAAAUUUAUUUACUCUUCCUGUUAAGGUACUCGCCUUUCCACAAAAGGCUUGGUUCUUCCUCGCUAUACUACUCUAGUAUUGCUCUAUUCAUUCUAAAUGCGCAUUCGAGAUAGUCAUAUGCAAUAAUUAUGUUUCUGAUGUUUACCGGGCAAUAGCCCAUAUUCGAUAUAUUAAAAUUCUAACAUGAUUGGUACGGUACGUACCGUAACUUUAUUUAUACCGGGUAUUUUUUUCGGGUACAUUUACAUUUAAGGAUAGAAAACUAACUACCUAACUAAACUAGAAUCUAAGAUAAAAAUUAAGGAGGCUUUAGGGUCAAAAUUGCAAAAUUUUCAUGACUCCAUUGUCUCGUAAUUUCCAGAAGAGACUGGAGCACAAAGAAAACCGAACUAGAUAUAGAAAUAUUACCAGAAAGUCUCGGAGUCUUGUUGGAAUUUUUUAACAAUAUCAAAGGUGGGCUAUUAAACUGCAAAUACGGUGUAGUUGAUGUUUAUGAACUAAGAGAAGCUUGUAAUAAUGGUAGGUGUCUUAGAAGAGGCCAAGUUCUUUGGAAUUUCAGGCAUAUUGGAACAGCUGGAAGAAAUGGCGAAGGUAUGAAUAUGUUUCCUGGUGAACUUUAUGGCCCGCUACAUAUUCCGGUAGAAUCGGUGUGGUGCUUAAACGUCUGGACGCAACCUAAAUAAACUUUGUCUUAUUGUCUGCUUCAUUGCCUUUUUCUUUUUCGUUAAGCCUGAGGGCAUGCAAUCUAUCGUUAUGAUUCUGUAAAUUAAUGGUGAAAAUGAACUGGUCUUACGAGCUCGAAGUCGAAGAACGUAUUAUUGUUAUUGGCUUAACUCUUCACCCAAAUAAUAUAUUAUCAGGUAGACAUGUGAGACGGCCAACAGAGCUAAAAAAGCACAGAGGUUUUCUUGUAUUAAAAAGGAACAAGAAAAUAGUUUUACAGUAUUGGAGUUCAUAUUAAGUGAAAACUAUCCGCAAUGGUGUCAGGGCCUAUGAAAGUUAUUUAAUCUGUUGCUUUUUAGGCCAUGGAUAAGUCAGAUGAUGCGCCGCUAUCAAGAAGUGAGUUUGUGAAAAUUUUGUUGUCAACGCCAUCGAACUGUGAGCUUCGUUGCCAGGUAUUAAAAGUAUUCCAAACCUUUCGGGACUCAAAGUGCAUGUUCAAUGUCACUUCGCUGCGUUGUACGCAAAAUAUAACACGGUAUUUCAGUAUUUAUAUUUAUUUAUAUUUAUUUGUAUUUGUAUUUAUUCCAAUAGAGCGGUUUUCACUUGACUGUCGAAAGGGAUUGGUUUUGGUUUUGGUUUUGGUUUUGGUUUUACUACGCCCUUUGGUUGGCUAGUGUAUUUACUUUGGUUUUGGUUUUACGACAGUCAAGUGAAAACCGCUCUAAAUGUUAAUUUGCUUAUGGGCCUUUUACCGCGCGUUGCGCCGGCUGCAAGUAUUUUGUUCGUGUUCUGAUUGGUUCGUUGCUUCAGGGCGGAAAAACGUAAUGAGCAUGCGUGAACGUUUUUGCCCAGAUCCCCUGGCCGGGUUUGAAAACAUGGCGGGAUUUCAAAUAUUUUAUUGCCUAAAAAUAAGAUGUUUCCACUCAUAACCUGGAAAGAACAGGCAAUUUGUCUUCAAAAGUUGCAAGCUGUGGUUAUAACCUUGUCGUUACUUAAUUUUCUCGAAGAAUACCUCAUAGUAAAACGGACUUUAACGACAUCAAUUUCCUUGCGUUGUACUGAAAAUGUGCAUGCGUAGGUCCGAUUUUUUUCAAGAUGCAUUCACAAAAUGUGUUCAUAUAAGGAAGUUCCUGGAUAUAUAAGGUCCGGAGCUCCAUUGUGGACACAAAAACAACAUAUCUUUGGACAGUGAUUUGCCCAAAAAAAUUAACGCUUGCCCACAAUGUCUUUGAAGGCACUGAACUUGUCGCACUCGAGCUGAUAUUUUAAAACCCUCGCUCGAUCGGACACUCGUAGUUUCGCAAAUUACUAAAACAUAAACAAAAUCCUCAAUGCAGAAGUUAUUGCGUUGAUAUGCGGGCAGAAAAAAGGUCAAUCUUUAUCUAGUAAAAUCUUCCCAAAAAUCGGUUUUAAAGCAACUAUAGUUUAUUUUUAAACUUGAUCGUUUCGCGUACUAAGAGAGAAAUAUAAAUUGUGCUUUGUGUUGUCAAGUUGAAAAUGCAUAACAUCUGUCAAAAACCUACACGUAAAUAGGAUUUCCUUCAAACAAAGUUAAAAUUACAUUAUUGCAAAAACUUCUUGCUGACAAUGAAGAAAUGAAUUUUUUGUACGAAAACAACCUACCUAAAGAUCUUAAAAGCAAAAUAUCAGUUGCAGUGAGCUUCGCAGCUAAACCAUGAUUCACCAUGUAGCUCUUCUCCUCGCUUUAAUAACUCAGUGAAUAACUGGUCCGUGUGAGGGUCUUCAUUCAAGCAAAUUAAACUCAGCCAAUCGUUACAAAAUUCAGAAAACUGCACAUAAGGGUAUUUGUUUUGCUCGCUUAAGACAAAUCCAGCUCUAGCAAUUCAGUGUUACGGGCAGAGUCAAUUGUUUUGAAGUCACUGCCGGCAGUUGUCCUCUACUUCACAGCGAGUGAAAUGGAAAAUUUGCGUACAGAAAGUUAUUUCUUAUAAAGAACAGAAACUUUCACAGUGCAGCGGAAAACAAAACUAUGUAAUUAAAAGUGAAGAAAACUCUGACUACUUGCAGUAUUUGAGCAACAGAAAAAUGAUUCUUUUCUUCUAGAGUAAGUUUACUGGCCUUCUACCGGUAUUUCCGAGAAAGUUUUACGGCGCACAAAAUGGUUCUUUGACUGAAGAGAAGGAUAAAGCUGGUUCUACAAAGGGAAUAAAUCUGGGCAUGUGAAAAAGUAUUUACUAAUUUUAAAAAAAGUGGGUUUUAAUUCAGCCCGGCGAAAGAAGGCGAAAUCAACUCACAAAUAAAUCGAAUGAACAAUCAAAAAAAUACUCGCCUCUUUGGAAAUGUUCAAAACUCUUUAUUCCACCUCAGACUGACGGAAUGAUCCGUUUUUCCUUUAACAUUGGUUGUUCCGAGUCCAAAGUAAUUUUCAAGUGACGAAAAACAAAAACCACACAAAAGUAAAAAGGCUUUUCGAGGAGCAAACGUUCACAACUUGUGCAUUUCAUUCAGUCUUAGUCAGAACUCUCUCAGUGACAAACAAACAAACUGUCGAACACAGUCAACAGACAGAGAAGCCAACCUUGAGCCUGCGAUAAAGGAUGCGCAGAAGCUUGCGCAGAACGUUUUUCCGCCCUGAAGUUCGUUGCAUUGUCUGGGUCUGUUAUGAUUUUUUUUCGUCUCAGCCUCGUACCCAGGCCAGUUCGCGCUAUCCGAGUUACCAGAGGCGGCUUGGAACCUAGCGCGAAUCCUCGGCGAAUUUUCUCGACAAGUUUGACAGGUGGCUUCACAUCCGAAAUCACCGAGGACGACUGGGAACGAAGCUGCCUUUUUCUUAAUUUUCCUUCCAGUUAGCUUCAACUCACUAACUUAGCUUUUUAGCAUUAAAAUUUCACGGAAAGUUUACAUAAUACUGUACAUUUAUUGAUUUGUAGUGUGAAUUUGUUAUUCUCUACAGGGGAUAAAUCUUGACUCCGCUGAUCUUUCCAAGCUCGAUCUACGUUUUAUUAACUUCAAAAUGGCGAACUUGAAAAAGACGGACCUUGCAAACGCUAACCUGUCAAACUGUUGCUUGGAACGAGCGAAUCUUUCCGGAGCUCACAUGGAUGUAAGUUUAUUCCUACAAAGUGAAUACACUCGUACACAGAAACGUUAAAAGAAGAACGCUUUCCAUUUUUUUACAGUGGCCAGCUGUAGUUAGACUGCGAGCACACAUUUUUCAGUCUGACGAGUCGAGACAUUAGGGGGCUUAAGUAACCAAGACGGCGACGGCAACGAGAACGGGAAAAAAGCUAUAGGUUUAUACAUUGCAAAAGAACAACUUUUCCCGUGGAUCACGCUUUUUUGUACAUUUCUUUGCUGUCACUGCACGACUACGACGUGAUAAUGCCUCAAUUCACUUUUGUUGGAGGACAUGAACGUAAGACCACGACUGUCAUUUUCUUUUCCUGAAUUUGACACAGCCUCUUAGAAUUCAACUCCAGAAAAAUUUGCCAACAUUGACGAAAUGAACGAGAUGCAGUAAGCGCGAUAAAUUUGGAAUUUGGAAGUGGAAAACUAGGAAAGGCGGGAGGCAAGGUGUCCAUCUGUCGAUCCUUCUCUUCCCGCCAACACCCCCGUUUACCUCAUUCUUUGGUUUGUAGCAUGCUCCCCGCACUACAAUCCUAAAAAAAACUGAGCUACCACUCUAGAGCCCUUGUCGGUCAUUUUGUGAAUACUAUUCUAUUACUUGUUAAAAAGAUAUAAUUAUGAAGAGCGACCAUCCGGCUUGUGUCCAAGUAAAGUAAAGUAGGUAAAAUACAUUAUACGUGUUGAACAGGUUUUUGGACUGGCUAACGCUGAUUUCCCAUGCCUGCGAUCACAUAACAAUGAUCUCUUUCUUGAUCAUCCUUAUGUUAUUUGCACAGUUUAAAUUUCUAAAUUCCAAAAUCAAUAGCCCUACUUUGUCAUCUUUUUAUUUGCACUCCAGGGUGCUAUUUUAAGCUGUACUCGUCUCCAGAGGGCCCAUAUGGAAGGGGCCUCUCUUAGAGGGUGUAACUUUGAAGACCCUGCUGGUACCAGAGCUCAUCUUGAAGGUAAGAGAGUGCUCUAUUUUCUAAGCUAACUCCCCGGUCCCCCAUAUAAUUUGAACUUGAGCGCAUUGUCUCCUUUUCUUGUGAAAUGCACCACCGCUUAUUUUUACGUGUAAACUUAGUGUUCACAUUAGCUGUAACUAUGUUUUAUAUCCAGCUACCAUUCAUUAUGACGUGUUUUUUUUUUUAGGUGUAAACUUAAAAGGUUCAGAUUUGGAAGGAAGUCAGUUAGGAAAUGUCAAUCUUCGUGUCGCCACUCUCAAGGGCGCUAAUCUACAAAACUGCAACUUACGAGGAGCGGAGUUAGCAGGCGCUGAUUUAGAAGUAAGAUUUACUGUUGCAUUCUCUAUACUGUGUAAAGAUUGGGACACCUCAGCCUAGUCCCUACGCGUUCUCGGCUUGGUCAAUCCUGGACUCUACCGUGAGCUGUGACAUCACCGACAGAGACUAGCCGAGAAAAGCCGAGAACGUCUCUCGCCCGCUCUUUCCCAAGCUUGGCGCGGACAACGGGUCCAGAGAGAACGCCUAGAGAGUCGACUGGGGACACCUUGCUUUUGUGACAGAACACCGAAACUUUAGAAGGAGCUGUUCCAAAUUGUUCCUUGCAAACUUUGCGUUAAAGUAUAAAAAUGUGUAUUAUUUUUUUCUUGGCCGUCUUUUUGGGUUUUUUCCUGAGAUCGCACCUUACCUCUGGUCUGGUUAAGUGCGGAGUAUUAUUUGAUUAGACAUGAUAAUGUGAGAGACAGAGAUCGAACCACGUAACCUAUUGCAAACAACGCAAUUCUAACAAAGUUGCUUCUUUGUAGCUGUAGACCUCAUUCCAAAAUGGGAUUAAUUCAUUGUUUUUAUAUCUAUUUGUAAGUUAUUUCCUUUUAUGCCGUGUAUAAAAUCCUGGAGUUUGGAAAUUCAAAUCAAAGCUACGUAGAACUACCGUCUACUGUUUUUGAAGAUAUUUACAAGUGUCUUGCAAAUACUUAAAGAAAAGAACAUACGCCCCAUUCAAACCAAUGCAGCUGUUUAGUCAAGAAGUUUUCGAAAGCUGCUUACUGAUUAUUCUCGUCUACAAAUUUAGUGCAAGCUAAAACUUACUUCAGUGAACCGUAUAUUAUAGUAGUCAAAUUUCGGCUUUCAGUUUCUGAUUUCAUUUUGGUAAACCUGGGCUAAUUCAACAUAUUUUAUUGGCGCAAACGUAGCAGUAGUCUAUAUACUAAAAGGAUGUCGCACUUUGAAAAGCAAAGUAAAAUGUAUCUGUUGUUUUUUGUUCGUUGUUUUUGCCUAGAACUGUAACUUAACUGGGUGUGAUCUCCAAGAUGCAAACCUCAGAGGCGCCAACAUUACUGGCGCUACAAUCGCAGACAUCACUGGUCCACUUCAUAUGACGGCAUUUGUCCGAAAUCAGCUUCCAGGCUCUCGCUUGAUCUCCUCGCCUCCAGACACUUAAAGGACUUGGCUAACGCGUUGAGACAGGAAAAUGAAUCAAUUCUGGGUUAAGAGAUGCUGCUGCUCUAUGAUUCUUCUUAUCGCGCCUUCAACACAGACAAGUGUCAGAGGGCAUGCAACACAGUGCAAGGCUAACGGAAAUCAGUAAUUUUCUACUUCGAAAUCUUGAAGCGGGGAAUAGUCUUCGCAAAUAAAGCGUAUAAUUUGAGAAUCAGGCACAAGAGGAAUAGCAGAACACAGAGGGUCAAGUCACAAGUUAAAAGGAAUUAGCGUGUGUUAUAGACAGUUACUCACUCGCCCUGACUCAUGGAAAUAAAGAAACUAGUGAUGUGCUUCUAAAGUAUAAUAACGAAG